AUGUCGCUGAAGGCCAUAUCCUCCAAAGACGCCGCCUCCCUCGACAAAGAUCUCAUGGAGAUCGGCGGAUGGUCUCUUGACCAGCUCAUGGAGCUGGCCGGACUGUCCGUCUCGCAAGCCACAGGAGACGGUCUUGUCGCCGCUCGCCAUCUCGCACAGUACGGCUACACGCCGUCCAUCUACUAUCCAAAAGAAGGCAAGAACGAGCUCUACCAGCGCCUCAAAACCCAACUCCACAACCUCUCCGUCCCCUUCAUCACCGACUUCCCUGCCGCCUUGAAAACCACCGAUUUCCUCGUCGACUCCAUCUUCGGCUUCUCCUUCGGCGGCCCCCUGCGCGAGCCCUUUCCCGCCAUCAUCGCCGCGAUGGAGUCUGCUCCCGUGCCGGUGCUGAGCGUCGACGCCCCCAGCUCGUGGGAUAUCGAGAGCGGGCCACCAAAGGACGGGCCCGGAGCGAAGUUCAUGCCGCAGUAUCUGAUUAGUUUGACGGCACCGAAGCCGUGUGUCAAGUUCUACCGUGGGCGCCAUUUUCUGGGCGGAAGGUUCCUCACAAGGAGUAUUGCGGAGAAGUAUGGUCUGGAUUUGCCGCAGUAUCCGGGUAUUGAUCAGGUAGUGGAGGUGGGCGUCGAUGCGGAGGGAAGACUGUGA